AUGUCGUCUACGUGCUCAGAGGGUGGUCAUCUGGCCCUCGAGAAUGGCUUUCGACAAAAGUUGUCGUCGCUGGAGAAUGCGGCCGCUCGGAUCACCACCAUUAAAGCACACCUGCGUGCCAACUCGGAAAGAAUCAAGCGCGAAAUCAACAACAUGGUUUCCCACCAACUCGCUCUAAUCCGUGGCCGUGAGCAGGAGUUGAUGCAACAACUUGAUCAGGUGGUCACCUUCAAAGAGUCGAUCCUCAACCAACAGCAGGAGACGAUCAACCAGCGCAUUGGAGCCUGUCAACAAAGUCUGGAAACGAUUCAGCAACGGGAUGGGGAUCUCGUCGAUCUGAAGCAUAUGCUGGCACGAUUUGGGACGAUGGAUUUGUCGCCAAGGGAAACAUCACAUGUCGCGCUUGAAGCAGACUUCAUGAUGAUGCGACAAUGUUUGAUUCAUUUUGGACGUGUUGUUGCGACGAAUGGAGCGCAUAAAACCGGUGAAUCCUUGCCGCACGAGGUCGAGGAGUACGAGGAUGCUAUUCCAAUGGUCCACAAGUCUGUGAUUCUUCCUCAACUCCCGAAUAGUCAUUCGGUCCCAUCACAACUUCAGAAUAGCCCAAAAAUCCCGGCUAGUCACACCGUCCACAACUGGCUGACAAAACUACCAUCAGAACAAAAUGUCAUCGACACUGACGUCGACACACUAAUGCGUGAAUACGAGGAAAUGACGAACCGUGUCCGCCUCGAUUCAUUCAACGACUCCACUGUCGCCUCAUCAUUUGAGCUAGUGAACGGCCGCCGUGCUAGCCCGACCGGAUCUCCGGUUUCCGUGCUGUCAGAACCGAUGAAAGAGGCUCUCGACCAAUCAAAGACCACUUGGCUUUUGGGAAAACCGGAAAGUGACGAGAUGAAGCGCAAGGUCAUCCUCGAAGAACACCCAAGCCCAAAGAAAACUCAAUACGAGUUUGAGCGCGUGAUUGCGGACGUUAGGAAUUCUGACAAUGAGCAGUGGCUUUUGAAGGAAGUGGCUGUCCAGACGGAUUUCCCAUUGGCGCAUUCGAUGUCGUCGACUUCCCUGGCGACCGAUGUUCAAACGGUCGUCCCUGGUGUGCCCACAAAUACUCCUUAUAGUGGAACCUCGACCCCAUCCACAUCGACCACUCCACCAUUCCACGUCGUCUUCCCCCGUAUUUUUGCCCAAGCUGACACCGCCGUUGAACUAGCUAAGCACCUGCAGAACUGUCGAUUGGAAUCAAAGGAACCAUCAUCACCCUUCGAUGAAUCUGAAUUUUUGCAAACUCUUCUCGGCAUCUUCCAUCCAAAAGCCGAAGUCUCAAGCCAGGACAAAGCGGAGACCAGAACCCAACUUCUCAAAGAAGAAAUGAAAACCUUGGAGGGCUGGAUGGAAAUAAUAGCGAGAAACCAACGCGGUCUUGAGGGGAAAUGGUUGCUGCCAAAGUCGGAGCUGGAA